UCUGAAAAGGUGAAAUAUGAUACAGUAAAUUGAUUGUCUGUAGAAAUAGCUCUUCUCUCAGGAAUUAGGAAAGAAAACCAUCUGGAAUUGAAAUAUUUUCACCCCUUUGGGUCGCGUGUCAUGACUCUUGUUUCCCCGGCUCCGGCCCGCCUCGCGGACUAUUUAAAGAUUCUCCUCUCCGUGCCUCAGUCCUCGAGCCCUGCAGCGAGUCAACACAGCCGAUUGACUGUAGAGCGCGAGAAAAGGGAAACUCCUGUCUGUCUGAACGAAAACAAACGGGUUGUAGUGUGCACGCUGUUAAAAUAAACUAGCAACAAUGUCUGAGGAAAUUAUUACCAGAAUGUGCCUUUUUCUACUCAUCGUCUGCUCGACAAUGGCCCAGGACUGUUCCGAUCCCUGUGACUGUCCCUCGGACCCCCCUCCAUGCCCGUUUGGUACCAGCCUGGUUCUGGAUGGCUGUGGUUGCUGUAAGGUGUGUGCCAGGCAAGCCGGCGAGCACUGUACCCUCCUGGAGCCAUGUGACCACCACAGGGGGCUUUACUGUGAUUAUGCAAUGCUGAGUGACACUGAGCACGGCAUCUGCAUGGCCCAGGAAGGCCAGACGUGCGACCUGGGAGGGGUCAUCUACCGCAGUGGUGAGACCUUUCAGCCCAGCUGCAAGCACCAGUGUGUCUGUAUGAACGGAGAGAUCGGCUGCGUGCCAACCUGUGCCAACAACGUGCUGCUGGCCUCUCCAGACUGCCCGUACCCACGCCGCAUUCAGAUCCCUGGGAAGUGCUGUGAGGAGUGGGUGUGUGAUCAGAGCCCUCAGGACCACCCCUACCAGUCAGCCAUGGCUGGAUCUGAAAUUCACCCCUUGGUCUCUUCUUCCCCUCUAUCAGUCUACAGAGAGGUGUCAGCCCACGGGCCGGUCCCGGUGGAGAGCCCCAGGGAGAACUGCAUCGUCCAGACCACCAAAUGGGACGAGUGCUCGGCCACCUGCGGCAUGGGCGUGUCGUCCCGCGUCACCAAUGACAACGAGCGGUGCCAGCUGGAGAGGCAGACCCGUAUCUGUAUGAUCCGGCCCUGCCACGUGGAGCAAGAGAAGGACAUCAAGAGGGGGAAGAAGUGUGUACGGACCCCCAAGUCCCCGCGAGGCGUGCGUUUCCAGCUGUCAGGCUGCAGCAGCAGGAGGGUCUACAAGCCCAAGUUCUGUGGUGUGUGUACGGACGGGCGCUGCUGUACCCCCCACAGCACCGUCACCGCAGAGGUGGAGUUCCACUGUCCCGAGGGAGACGCCUUCAGACGCAAGAUGAUGUUCAUCAAGACGUGCUCCUGUCACCACGACUGCCCACGAGACAAUGACAUCUUCCUGGCUUCGCACACACGCAGGAUGAUCGGGGACUAUGACAACGAUAUGUAAACAUCAUGGCUGCCAAACAAACUGACAAACACAUCAGCCCAUACACACACACACACACACACACACACACACACACACACACACAUAUACACACACUGAUAAAACUACUUCACAUCGCUCUCACACACACAUAGGCAGCUUUUCGAAUUCCUGGACCCCUGUCUCUACCUUACUACCCAUAGACAUGUCUACCUAGUGGUGAGACUGAAAACAAGUUUGUGAGUUCAAGCAUGAGAUUGACUCUUUAGGAUUUCUUUUGUUACUUUCGUUUUGAAGUUUUAUUUGGGUUUUUAAACGCGCAGCUCUAAAGUCACCUGGCUCUUUGACUCGUCUGCCUGUGUAUCUACAGAGAUACUAUAGGGUGGAUCUGACGCACUGAGGAAUCAAUGUUAGCGACAAGUAGCACAUCACUUAGGAAGGUAUACAGUUAUAUUCACUGCUAAAGGGUUAUAGGAGCAUGACACGGUAGUGUACAGAUGAGCAGAAGGUACUUACUCAAACAAAUGUCACAUUUUGACAUAAAAUGUUAGAAUAUAACAUUUAAAAAAUAUAUAUAUAUAUAUUCAUAUGUUAAAGAUUAGCAAUACAGAAAUAGUUUGAAUAUAUUAUACUACUAGUAUGUGCCUCGACUGAUCUGCAUAUUAUUGAGUGAAUAUAUAUAUAUAUAUAUAUAUGUAUAAUUAUAUACACCUGACACAAAACUAUUGGAAAUGUUUAUGAUUGAGUCUUUUAACUUCGACGGGGACGUUACCUAUAUCUCUCAUUAUUUAGUCACUUCAUUAGUUGUUGCCCACUGAUAUAUUUUUUUGUUUAGUCCAACGUAAGAGUUUGGGUCCCUAAAAAAUAGCUUUGUCUGACCGUGAAAUUCACGUUCACAGCAUGGUCAAAAAGAGACUAAAAUGACUAAAAUCCAAAGGUAAAAAAAAAAACUCUAGUCCAAAAACACUAAAAACCAAAAAAGUGGCUUGGUUGAAGAAUGUAAAUAAUAUUAUUUACUGUUAAUUUAAAAAAGGGAAAGAAAGAACAAAGGAAAUAAAUAAAUUCUGCAUU